AUGGCGCUGGAAGUCCAAACCCCCCACGGCACAGCGCUGCCGCCCGCCCCAAGGCAUGCCAUCACCGUCCACGUCCAGGGGUGGCAGUCAGUCGUGCGCUUCCGAGACGGCGACCCGGAGCUGUUCAAGUCCCUCAAGAGCAUGUACCCGCGCUUUGUCCUGCACCGGGAUGUCUUGGAGCUCACUGAGAAAAUCAGCGAGCUCGCCGGCGGCGAUGCGGAACAAGGCUGCUUGCUGUUCCCCUCCUGGCAGGCGGCGCGUGAUUGCAAAGAAUAUGCGACCUCUCCGCGCAGGGGAGAAGGGGCCAUCCCGAAGGACAGGUUCUCCAUCCGCAUCUUCCAGGCACACGUCCUGCUGUACGCCGUCAUGUUCCCCGUCGAAUACAUGGACACGGUACACGGCUUCUGGGUGAACGCUGGCGUCGGCAUCUCCUCCCGCCUUGCGGAAGACAGCCUCAAGCAUACCAGCACGCUACGAGAGGUCCAGGAGGGCCAAGAACUGGGCACGACGACGAUAGCUGCUACUCCUGCUACUCUUGAUGGGCCCUCUCGGCAACAGGUCAAGGAAAGGAUAGCCGGGCUCCUCAACCGCGCUCCAGCCACAAACAACCCGCGAGUGUCGCCCAGUGACGUCUACUUGUUCUCGACCGGCAUGGCCUCGAUAUACUGGGUCCACCGGUACCUGUUGAGCAAGUACGACUCACCCUCGGCCCUGUUCGGCUUCUCGUUCCACUCGACAAUCCACGUGCUCGAGGACUUCGGGCCGGGCGUCGAGUUUUUUGGGUUGGGGUCGGAUCAGGAUCUCGACCGGCUCGAGAAACACCUCGCUACCCAACAAGGAUUGGGGGGGAAAGUGCAAGCCAUCUGGGCCGAGUCCCCCUCGAAUCCGCUGCUGAGCACGCCCGACCUGCGCCGGCUCAGACAGCUGGCUGACGAAUACAGCGCGCUGCUCGUCGUGGACGACACGGUCGGGGGCUUUUGUAACGUCGACGUCUUGGGGGCUGCCGACAUCGUCGUCACGUCUCUGACCAAGUCGUUCAGCGGGUACGCCGACGUCAUGGCCGGCAGCGCCGUGCUGAGUCCCUUGUCGCCGCGGUACGAGGAGCUUAAGGGGCUGUUCGAGAGUGUCCACCACGAUGACUUGUACAUCGGCGACGUCGAGACGCUCGAGCACAACAGUCGAGACUAUUUGGAGCGCUCGGCCGUGUUGAACCGCAACGCCGAGAGAGUGGUCGAGUACCUCCAAUCCAAAGCGCUCGAUCCUUCUAGUACCGUCAAACAAGUCUUCUACCCGACCGUCAACCUCGACACUUUACCCAACUACACGCCCUUCAUGCGCCGGUCGACACCUGAAUUCCCCAACCCGGGGUAUGGGUGCCUGUUGAGCGUGGAAUUCCAGACUAUCGAAGCCACCAUCGCCUUCUACGAAAAUCUCCACGUCCACAAGGGUCCGCAUCUCGGCGCCCAUUUGACCUUGGCCUUGCCCUAUGCGCUGGGCGUGUAUGGCAACAAGGCCGAAUGGGCCAGCGCGUACAAUGUCAGGCAGGAACAGGUGAGGAUUUCGGUCGGGUUGGAGGAGACGGAGGAGCUGGUCGACAGGUUCCGACGGGCGGUCGAGGCGGCUGAUAGACUCGGGAGUAGAAGCGUCGACUUGAAGAAUUGA